UUGCAGGAAACACGGGCUUGCAGUAAAUACCUUGAAGCGCCUUCUAUAACAAAUGAAUCUGAUUCGACUUCAGAAGAAUCCAAUGAAGAACUGACAAGCGACGAUCUUUCUGACAUUCAAACGCACGAAGCCAAAAGGACACCUCUAAAUCAAGAACCACACUUUUCUUUUGGUCAGUUCGCUUGUCCUCUCCUCUUUACAAAACGAAUACCUCUGCACUGGCGCCUUCAGCCAAAUAUCACUCUAAAAGUCUUGACAUCGGAUGUUUUGCGAUUGUUUACAGUAACUAACCGCCCCAACAUGUUUGUCGUUGAAAGGGAUGGAUCCAUUGUCUAUUGUAAGAUAUUUGAAGAGGUCGUUGAAAGUAAUAGCCAUGUAUCUCCGAGCACCGUUUGCAGUUCUCCGGGAUAUACAGAAAAAACAAAGCUUGUGGAAGAUGACGCUCGAACAGUAAUCAGCUUUAGUGGGGAACAAGGCAUAAAGCGUGAUCUAUCCAUGCAAACGGACGCAGCUAUAAAGAAGAAAAUAUCAACCAACUCUCGUCCUGCAGGCACAGAAACUAGAGAAUUAGUCAUUCAAAUCUUUGGUAUCGAUCUUCCGAACUGGGUCGAAGCAGAAUUUGUCAACAUGAUAGAAAAUCGAGUGCUUACACAGAUUACAUUGACCGAAGUACAGCAAUUCUUUGCUAGAAAUACUACAUCAAAGCCUACUUUAGCGGAUGUGGAAUUUAUUUUACCAGUUUGGAAGGCACCAACGGCCAGAGAUGUUCUACGAAUUCCAAGCAUUGUUACGGAUCCCAUUCUACUUUUAUAUUGCCUUAAUCAAAUCACUGCAACAGACAACAUCAAAUCUCUACAAGGCCCAGAUGUUACGGAAGCAAUCAGGUUUUAUCAUGAAAAUGUGUUUUAUAAUGAAAAUCAUCACGCUAUUCGUGUGACCUCCCCGGAUCAGUCAAAUAGCCGAGGCAAAGAUGGGCUAGCAAAUACCCUUUGCUUUUAUUACAACUGCACCAAACGCGUACCUGGUUCCUCAACAUCUGUUGAGUUACUCGUUGGCCAAGGCAUGGCUGGCA